AUGCGGUCAUUCGUUUUAGCCCAAGGCUUUGCAGUCUUUGCAGCACUUUUCGUUCCUUCUGAAGCUGCGACAAAUGCAACCAUCAAUUCUCAGGUUCGCCUGGCCUACGCCGGCAACACUGGGAUGUACGUCUCGUGGAACACAUUCACGAAGCUCAACAACCCAACCGUCAGAUAUGGCUUGAGUGCAAGCUCUCUGAAUGAAUCCGCCUCUUCCAAUGUGUCCAUCACAUAUCCAACAUCAUUAACAUACAACAACCAUGUCAAGAUCACUGGACUUAAGCCCGACACCACUUAUUAUUAUGCUCCAAUUGGCCUCAUUAAAGAUAAUACUACCUCUCUGCCAUACACUUUCCGAACAAGUCGUCCUGCUGGUGAUGGUACCCCUUACUCGGUAGCUGUUGUAGUCGAUUUGGGAACAAUGGGUCCUCAAGGUCUCACUACUACAGCUGGGAAGGGUGUGGCCUCUACCAAUGUCCUAGGACCGAAUGACAAUAACACUAUCCAAUCUUUGGCUGCUGUCAAGGACUCCUAUGAGUUUCUGUGGCAUCCCGGAGACAUUGCGUAUGCAGACUAUUGGCUGAAGGAGGAAAUACAAGGUUUCCUCCCCAACACAACCAUCGCCGAUGGCUACAAGGUGUAUGAGUCGAUUCUCAAUGACUUCUAUGAUGAGAUGACAGCAGUCACUACGUCUAAACCAUAUAUGGUCGGACCUGGAAACCACGAGUCCAACUGCGACAAUGGAGGAACCACGGAUGCUGCCCACAACAUCUCCUACAACGUUUCCAUUUGCAGUCCCGGCCAGACCAACUUCACAGGCUACAUCAAUCAUUUCCGCAUGCCAUCAAAAGAAUCCAACGGCACCGGAAACUUCUGGUACUCGUUCAACCACGGCAUGGCCCACUACGUCCAACUCGACACUGAAACUGAUCUCGGCCACGGCUUCAUCGGCAAUGAUGAGAUCGGAGGUUCCGAAGGUGACGCCUCCGGCCCUUUCAAUUCCAUUAUGAACGCACAAACAAACUGGCUAGCAGCAGAUCUUGCAGCCGUUAACCGCACCGAAACUCCCUGGGUUAUUGUCGCUGGUCACAGACCUUGGUAUCUGUCCCACGCCAACGCAUCUGGCACUAUCUGCUGGACCUGUAAGGAUGUCUUCGAGCCCCUCUUGAUCAAGUAUGGCGUUGAUCUUGUUCUUUCGGGGCACUCGCACGUAUAUGAACGUAACGCGCCCCUGGCAAAUGGUGUCAUUGAUAAAAAUGAGCUGAAUAAUCCUUCUGCUCCUUGGUACAUUACCAACGGCGCCGCCGGACACUACGACGGUUUGGAUGCUCUCCAAGUCCCUUACCAGAAGUACCAAAGAUUUGGGCUCGAUACCAAGAACGGCACAUAUGGCUGGAGUAAGCUCACUUUCCACAACUGCACGCACUUGACGCACGAUUUCGUGGCCAGCAAAAACGGGAGUGUGCUAGAUACUGCGACGCUCUUUAAGAAUAGAACUUGCAGUGUAGGCAAAAGCUCUGGUAAUAGCACGGUUGCGAACGCAACCAGCAUAAGCUGGACUACCCAGGCAUUUGAGGGUGCGGCUCGAAAGACGGACACAGAGAUCUUUGGUAUCGUCGUUGCAGUUCUGGCGGCUACUUUGAUCUUGUGA